AACAACCAAGAACAACCACCAAUAGUGACAACCCCCAAAAGUGACAACUAUCAAAAGCGUCGUUCACCAAUUUUGACAACCGAACAACACCAACGACAACCAACCAGCAAUAACAACUAAACCGGAUAUAGAGCAACAAUUACCAAGAACAAGCACGAAUAGUGGCAACCCUAAAACAAUUGGCUAGGAACAACAACAGCCAACUUGAAACAACAACUAAACCGGCUAUAGAAACAACGACAGCCAACAACAACCAACAGUGACAAUUACCAAAAGUGACAACCACCAAUAUUGACAACUGAACAACGGCAACGACAAAAACAACCAACUAGCAACAACAACUAAUCUAGCUUAAGAGCAACUACAACCAAGAACAGCCACGAUAAGUGACAAACCCAUCAAGAACUAACUAGCAACAACAACAACAACAGCAACCGGCACUUCAAAUCUACAACCAUGCAGCGUCUACGUACAACAUUUACGCGCUCGCGCACACCAACUGGCGCCGAAAUGAAAAUGCAGAAUAGCCUCGAGGUUCCCAAGCAGGUGCGUUCCGCCUCGUUCGAUGAGAUGCAGCUGGAGGCGCAGCGCUCGUCCGCUCAUCUGCUGAAGCAGCAGUCAUCCUCGUCGGCUGACGAGAGAUCAUCGGAGGGCGGAUAUUUGCAGGUACCGCAGGCAGCCCAUGCCCAACGCUCGCACAGCUUCGACUCGGCGGCUGCCUCGGUGGGCAGCGAUGAUUCUGGCGCCUUUCUAGAGGUGCCGCGCCGCCUAAAGGCCCGACGCAGCUCAUCGACAAAGACACCGCCGCCGUGCAUCCAUUGCUACUACGUCGAACAGUACGAAAAGCAGAUGAGCGCCGAGCAGCGCUACUUCAUUGAUCAUCGCGAGCUAACGACUCUCAGCUGCAGCAACACCAGCUCCGAGGAAAGCGAUGAUGAGGACAUUUCCGGGGCGCUAGAGGAUGACAACGCAGAUGGGGCGGCUGCCCCCGUUGAUACUGGUGCCGCUUCCGACGCGGAUCCCGAUGCAGCUGCACAGGCGAAGGCGCAGCCCGAAGCCGAUGUGGAGGCCGAUGCGGAGGUGAAUGUGAAUGUCUGUAGCGAGCCAGACGCCAGCGGCGGCACUGAGCUGGACGACGAUGCUGCCGUCGAGAUGGACAUACGCAUGUCCAAUCUGAGCAUGGGCAUGAGCAUGGGCAGCAGCAUUGAGGAGUCGCGAGCUCGCCUACCGCGCCAGAUGCGCCGCCACACCAUUGGCAGCUCGGUGACCACCUCUGAGGAUGAAGGUCUGGAGAGUUCCGAUCAUGGCUCUCCGCACUUUGGCAACACGCUGCUGCCACCGCAGCCGACCACGCCAUGCGGCAUCACGUUCACCCUCUCGCCGACCAAUGGCGAUUAUCCACCAUUUCCGACCUAUGCGUUCCCCAUUGAUCCCGGCUCACCGCCCAUGUCGCCCAUGCCCGUCGCACGGGCCAGCCCAUUGCUGGAGCUACCGCCAACUGCAACUGGACAUCAGCAGUUGGGCGCCACUGCGGCCGCUGCCGCUGCAGCGCUAACUCUACCGGCUAUUGCCACCAGUGGUGCGGCCAGCUGCGUCAGCGCCGAUGCCGACGAUGCUGGCGCUGCUAUGGGCGUACCAAUGGGACGGGCCAGACGUCGCUCCAUUUCGCGACAGGAAGCCAUCUUUGUGGAGCCUACCGGCAGCUCGCUGGAGAAUGUAUCGCACGAGGAGGUGGACACCACCAAGUCAUCAGUAGACACCGCCGAUUCGCUCGAGGAAGCCUCCACCAUGGCCACCUGUGGCUCUCCGACGGCAGCCGCUGCCGCUGCUGCCCAUCAUGCAGCAUUUGUGGUGCGAGACAUUUAUCUAACCGUGCCCGAUCUGAAGCGCGAUCGAGCCGCUUCGGUAGACUCGUGCUUCUCGAAGCUCUCAUCUGGCGGCAAGACCGAGGAACUACAGCCUUCCGAUGACGGUUGUUUCCUCGCCGUGCCCAAUGUCAAUGCAACGCGCUCCCGAUCCGUGGACAUUGUCCUGCCCACCGACGAGCAGGCUCGCUACAAGGCGCUCGCCAUGACCGGAAGUGGAGCAGCCGGUGGCCUCUAUGCGGAUGGACGUACGGCCUCUUCGAGCAAUGCCCGUAGGCCGAUACGCAUUGUGCCGGACUGGACAGAGAAUGCGGUGCAGGGUGAACAUUACUGGAAACCCACCUCGGCCUCGGGUGAUCUCUGCUGUCUCAACGAGGAGUGCAUUAAGAGCGGACAGCGCAUGAAGUGCUCGGCUUGUCAGCUGAUUGCACAUCAGAAUUGCAUUCCAAUAGUGAAUGAAAAGACUCAGCUAGCGUGUAAGCCAACCUAUCGAGAUGUGGGCAUCAGACAGUACCGGGAACAGACGACCACCCAUCACCACUGGGUGCACCGCAAGCUUGAGAAGGGCAAGUGCAAGCAUUGUGGCAAGGCGGUGCAGAGUAAACUCUUUGGAUCGAAGGAAAUUGUCGCUCUAUCCUGUGCGUGGUGCCACGAGAUUUACCAUAAUAAGGAGUCGUGCUUCAAUCAGGCCAAGAUUGGCGAGGAAUGCCGCCUGGGCAACUAUGCGCCCAUCAUUGUGCCACCGUCAUGGAUUGUCAAGCUACCAAAUAAGGGCAACUUUAAGUCCUCGAUACGUGUGAGCAACAAGACCAGUUCGGCCGGUGGUCCGGCUAGUGGUGGAACUGGUUCUGGUGCUGGUGGCAAGAGUAAGAAGAACACCCAGAAACGCCAGAAGGCCAAGGAGGAGAAAAAGGAGCCUCGAGCCUUCAUUGUGAAGCCCAUUCCAUCGCCGGAUGUAAUACCGGUUAUUGUCUUUAUCAAUCCAAAAUCUGGUGGCAAUCAGGGCGUCAAGCUAUUGGGCAAGUUCCAGCAUUUGCUCAAUCCGCGCCAGGUAUUCGAUCUGACACAAGGUGGUCCCAAAAUGGGUCUGGACAUGUUCCGCAAGGCUCCGAAUUUACGCGUGUUGGCCUGCGGCGGAGAUGGCACCGUCGGUUGGGUGCUAUCCGUACUGGAUCAGAUCCAUCCACCGCUGAUGCCGGUGCCGGCGGUGGGCGUCUUGCCACUGGGCACCGGCAAUGAUCUCGCCCGUUCGCUCGGCUGGGGCGGCGGCUAUACUGAUGAGCCUAUUGGCAAGGUACUGCGUGAGAUCGGCAUGUCGCAGUGCGUCCUAAUGGAUCGCUGGAGUGUCAAGGUGACGCCCAACGAGGAUGUGACCGAUGAUCAUGUCGAUCGCAGCAAGUCGAAUGUGCCGCUGAACGUGAUCAACAAUUACUUCAGCUUUGGCGUGGAUGCGCACAUUGCGCUUGAAUUCCAUGAGGCACGCGAGGCUCAUCCGGAACGCUUCAAUUCACGGCUACGCAACAAGAUGUACUACGGCCAGAUGGGCGGCAAGGAUCUGAUUCUGCGCCAAUAUCGCAAUCUCUCGCAGUGGGUGACCCUCGAGUGCGAUGGCCAAGAUUAUACAAGCAAGCUACGCGAUGCCGGCUGCCAUGCUGUACUCUUUCUCAACAUACCAAGCUAUGGCGGCGGCACACAUCCCUGGAACGACUCUUUUGGUCAGACUAAGCCCACCAUUGAUGACGGACUCAUGGAGGUCGUGGGCCUGACCACCUAUCAGCUACCUAUGCUGCAGGCGGGCAUGCACGGCACCUGCAUCUGCCAGUGCCGCAAGGCCCGCAUCAUCACCAGACGUACCAUUCCCAUGCAGGUCGAUGGCGAGGCCUGUCGCGUCAAGCCAUCCAUCAUUGAGAUCGAGCUGCUCAACCAGGCUCUUAUGUUGUCCAAGCGCAAGCACGGACGCGGGGAUGUUCAAGUCAAUCCGCUGGAGAAGAUGCAGCUGGGAAUUUUAAGAGUAACCAUGCAGCAAUACGAGCAAUACCACUACGACAAGGAAAUGCUACGCAAGUUGGCCAACAAGCUGGGACAGAUUGAGAUUGAAUCGCAGUGCGAUUUGGAGCAUGUGCGCAGCAUGCUGAAUGCCAAGUUCGAGGAGUCCAUAUCGUAUCCUAAGGUCUCGCAGGACUGGUGCUUCAUUGACUCGUGCACUGCUGAGCAUUACUUUCGCAUUGAUCGGGCCCAGGAGCACUUGCAUUACAUCUGUGACAUUGCCAUUGACGAACUCUAUAUACUGGAUCAUGAAGCGGCUACCAUGCCGCAGACACCGGAUCAGGAACGCUCUUUUGCAGCAUUUUCACAGCGCCAGGCGCAGAACGAACGGCGACAGCUGGAUCAGACACAGGGACGCGGCACUGGCACUGGCACUGGCACUGGAACUGGCACUGGCACUGGCACUGGCACCGGCUCUGGCUCUGGCACCGGCAACGGUACCGGCACCGGCACGGAUGAGGACUUGCAAAUUGGCAACAAGCCCAUUAAAGUGAUCAAGUGGAAGAGCUGCAAAGAUCGUUUAUUCAGUUUUAACGAAGAUGUUUUUGGUUAUGGAUUCAGCCCUAUACUGGAGCAAACUUCCGAUGCCAUACUACUAGCGGCCCAGAGCGGCGAUCUAAAUAUGUUACGUGCACUACAUGAACAAGGAUACUCAUUACAAUCAGUGAACAAGAACGGGCAGACGGCGCUGCACUUUGCGUGCAAAUACAACCAUAAGGACAUUGUUAAAUAUAUCAUCUCAUGUGCCACACGCCGGGUCAUCAACAUGGCGGACAUGGAACGCGGUCAGACAGCUUUGCACAUUGCCGCAGAGCAAAAUCGCCGCGACAUUUGCGUCAUGUUGGUGGCAGCUGGCGCCAAUUUACAGGCACGCGACGCCGGCGGCAAUACGGCCAUGAUGGUGGCAUUCAACAAGAAUGCCAACGAAAUAGCCACCUAUUUGGAAAGUCAAGAACGUUUCAUGCAUUUGGAGCUGCAAACCAGAAUUUAAAGCCAAAUUUAAUUGAGAACAACAACAAAAA